UCCGCUCCGCCCCUUCCCGCCGUGCCCCGCGCGGAUUGCCCCGGAAGGCGGCGGGCAGCGGUGCUCGUGGCGGCCCCGCAGGAGCGCGGCUCGGAGCGCAGCGCGCUGCAGGCACGGCUCGGCUUCCCGCUCGGAGGAAUCGCCGAAAAUAAUUCCCUGUGGUGGAAAUCGAAACAACAUAAUGACUACGUUGGAUGAUAAACUACUGGGCGAGAAGCUCCAGUAUUAUUACAGCAGUAGUGAGGGUGAGGAUGAAGACAGUGAGAAGGAAGACAAAGAAGGGGAGAGCUCCAUUCCUGAAAGCGUUGGGGAAGUAGAGCUUAGCAGCGAUGGCAGUGCAGUCAACACAGGUCCAAAAGGAGUCAUUAAUGACUGGCGAAGGUUUAAACAACUGGAGACAGAGCAGAGACAGGAGCAGCGCAGAGAAAUGGAACGACUCAUAAAGAAGUUGUCUAUGACAUGUAGAUCUCACUUAGAUGAAGAGACAGAUAAGCAGAAACAGAAAGAGCUUCAGGAAAAAAUCAAUGGAAAGAUGACGUUACAAGAAUAUAACAUGAUUCACAACGGUGAAGAUGAUGAGGAAUUUCUACAGCGAUACAGGAAGCAGCGAAUGGAGGAGAUGAGGCAGCAGCUGUACAGUGGGCAGCAAUUUAAACAGGUUUUUGAGAUUACCAGCGGAGAAGCGUUUUUGGACACGGUUGAUAAAGAGCAUAAGAGCACUCUGAUCAUGAUCCAUAUUUAUGAAGAUGAUAUCCCUGGCGCUGAAUCCCUGAAUGGCUGUAUGAUCUGUCUGGCUGCUGAGUAUCCAACAGUUAAAUUUUGCAGAGUAAAGAGUUCGCUCAUUGGGGCCAGCGCUCGCUUUACCAAUAAUGCUCUGCCAGCUUUGCUGGUCUAUAAGGCAGGUGAGCUCAUCGGCAAUUUUGUGCGGAUCACUGACCAGCUCGGAGAAGAUUUUUUUGCUGUAGACCUGGAGGCAUUUUUGCAGGAGUGUGGUCUGCUUCCAGAAAAAGACCUAGUGCUCCUGACUUCUAUACAUAAUCCAUCUGCAUGUUACAGUGAAGACAGUGAUCUGGAAAUAGACUGAACCACUUACACCAGGGGGCCGGUAGGUGUAGUUGUGCUGUGGGAUGUUCUUCUGCUAGGGUUUGUUCCUUCCCUUUCUUAAUGUGGGUAUGUUAUCCUUCCCCUCUGUGCACUUGGACUUUUGCUUGUUAAAACAUUGUUUAAAAUAACUUCAGGCAUUCCUAACAUUUUCUUAAAUUAACUCAGUGAAGUACAUGCUAAAAUGUAUUACACUAAGCAUGAAGUUCUAACACAGUUCAGUAAUUGAGUUUUUAGGCAUUCACGUCUUUUAUUAACCUGGAAUUGAACUGCUGCUGGUGAGUUAACACAGCAUGGUCCCCUCUUCCAUUCCGCAACUUGCAGUCCCCUUCUUGGAAGUACUGUUGUUCUAACAGUUGGCAUCAAAUUUUUGUUCAGUACUCACUUGCAAAUAACAACAGCUCCUGACUUGAUCCUGAAAAUUGCUUUUCAGCUGAAGAGGGCUCUUCUUUCUUUAACCUUGUCUGAGACUUAAAUGGGAAAAUCCUUCUGGUACAGCUCUUAAAGCAUUCUUAGGUUUUAAAAUACCUACCAUUAGAAUUCAUGGCAGUCACUUCAGCAGAAAAUAAUCUGCCUCUUCAGAGAGAGAGACCCAACAUACGUUCUGAAUAGCAUCAAGGAGAGUUUUGCUGGCAAAAUGCAGAAUUGGGACUUUACUCAGAAUUUCAUAUCUGUCUAAAAUCCUCAAAAAUUGUUAAAUAAGUGGUGAUGUUCGUCUCUGUCUGUCUGCAUGUUAUCUGCUUAAGCUGGGCCUUCAGAUGCAUUUUGAAUAUUAAUAAUCCCUGGACCUGACAGAUGACUGGAAGGCUUUGUGGGAAGUGAGCCCUGGGCCAGUAGACAAGCUCCCUAAACGAGAGCUCCCUUGCCUGAAGCUCAGUAUGUAGUUCCUGCAGUGUUAGGCACGAUCAGAAGCAUUACCACUGUCCUGUUUUUCCUCUGAUGGCAGCUCUUUGGGAGCAUGGGAUUUUUUGUACAGUAUGUCAGCAGAGUUCACUAACUGAGAAGAUGCUGUAGAGUUGGGCUGAAACCCUUGUGGAGACCUCACAAUUUCUUCACCUGUCCUUUGGUACAAAUUGCAAAGGCCUCUUUAAAAGCAUUGUAGCUGUUAAAGUUGCACAGUGACACGGGUGCUAAAGUUCUCUUUGCCCAAAAACAAAGGACUCCCACUUCUGGACACAGACUAAAAGCAGUGCUGGCUGAGCCCAUUUGUCUUUUCAUUAAGUUAUUGCUCCCGAAUGCUGUAUAUUAUGCUUCCCUUCUGCAGCAAGUUUGUUGUUAUCAUUGGUUAGUGAUUAUAUUUUUAUUAAAGUGUGUUUGUUUGUGCUCUACUUACUUCAUAGAUAGUAAUAUUGGGAAGUAAUUUCCAGGGUUUUUACUGCAUUUACAGUUCACCCUGCCCCCAGCAAGUCUAGUGCUGUGAGAUAACCCAGUGGCAUUAGAAACCAUUAGCAGUGUGUAGUUAAUGCAAGCAUGGAAUCCUCUGAUGAUGCAGAGCAGGGCCAAGGCUCUGCUGGCCAGAUGGUGGUGUAGUCUCCCUGUACCUAGUACAAACGAGCAUGCUGAAUGUGUGCACUCUGUACUUAGCUGUUGCUGAAUUACGUCUCCUGCACACAUAAUUGGAUAUUACACUGUUUGCUUUCUCACACAUGACUUAUUUUGCUUGUUAUUUAAUUUUGAGGAAACUGGACUAUCCCUAUGUAAAUACAAUGUAAUGCUAUGUUUAAUGAUUACAUUUAAUGGCAGGUUUUGUGUGAGGCACUUUGGAGCACCAGGGAAAAAGGCAAAAAUUUCCUUGUAAGCACUCGGUUCUUAGUAAGAGUAGAUCUUAGGGCAAGGAUAUGCAUUUAUAGUUGUAUUUAUUCAAACUAUUUUUAAAAGUAGUAUUAGCAGAAAGAUAAAUAAUUUGUAAUUAAAAAUAGCUGAAAGAGCAUGUUGUAGCUGUUUUAAGGAAACUGGCAGAAACCCAAAGUUUGAAAUGUGGUAAGAGAUUCAAGUUACUUGAAAUUAAAUCAUUGAGCGUGGGUAUCCGUGCAUUCCAGAAAAAAAAAAAAAAAGGAACUGUGAUUUGUAUUCAGGAUGAGGUUCAGUAGGUCUGUAGUGCAGACAGGCACGUAUUAGCACCAUAAUAAAACCUGGCUUGGAGGAGGGGAGAGCUGACUCUUGAGUUACUUUGAAGUUUUAUUUGUAUCAAGCAGGAGUUGGGGCUGUAAAGCUGUAACAGGAUCAGAACAUCUCCUGCUGCUUUGUGUCUGGUGGCCUGCAGCAAGGUGACUCCUGGUUAUGAGGUUUUGGUGCUCAGGUAUAUGACAGAUGCUUUAUGCUGCCAGUUGCAAAAGGGAGAAAAAAGGUGCAUAGGAGAGAAGUUUGAAUCCAGUUCAUCACUGAUCUGGAAGAAAAGAAUAAGUACAAGGGAGAAGAGGGGUAGAGAGAAGAUGUGUUAGUGCUGCUGAGAAGCAUGGUGGGCAGGGCUGGAGUGCUGCUGUUGCUUUUGCCCAUUCCUGAAGCUAAAUCCUUCCAAACUGACCAGCCAGUAGAUUUGUGCCCCCAAACCCAGCAUUCUGAAUGCAUGUAAAGCAGCAUAGCAAAGUAGAACAGAUUUUAGGAUAGGUUCAUUAUUAAUUUGUUACCAUCCAUUCAAUACGAACUAGGACUACAGCUCAUACUAACAUUGUAUCUGUAAAUGCUUUAGUUGAAGUGUUAAAGUCUGUUUUAUUUAUCUUAAUUUAAAUGAGGUCCUGACCUGCGGAUUGAAAACGGGAGUGCAUACGCAUAUACAUAUGCACAUUAUAGAUAUAUAUGCAUUAGAGAACUGAAAUUAAAAUGAAAUUGUACCAACACCUGCCUACAAUAAAACAGUUUUGAAACAUG